UAAUUUUCCUCAGAAUUUUUGAAAAUUUUACAUUAAUUUCAAUUGUGACGAAAAAAGUAAAUAAAAAAAUUGCAUCUUUUAUUUAAAAUGCAGCAAUAAAACAAUUGUAAAUCACGCUGAUAGCAACAAUCGUCGAUCGAAUAUGAAUGAAUGAAUGGGACAAGGUGAAGUUUGUUGAUUGUUGUAUCGUCUGCUGCCGAUUAACUUUUGCCGAUCGUCAUCGUCGUCGUCGUUUUUUUCGAAAUGUGUGUCAGUCUACAUUUGAUUGCCUUCCUACACAGACGUGCAUUGCAAGUGUUUGCCUUUUAAAACAGCUUUUUGUCAAUCAAUCGGAAAGUGCUACUUAAUUUGUUAUUUGAUGUUGCAGCUGGCAAACAUACAAAAAUGAGCUCUGAAAGUCAUUUUUUCUUCGACGACGAUCGAACAUUGCCCGUGAAGAAUUUUCACUUCAGCAUCGUCGAUUAUUGCGUUUUUGCGUCGAUGUUGCUGCUGUCUGCGGGAUCUGGAUGUUAUUAUGGAUAUUGGCGGCCUGCUCAUGCGAAAAACUCAACAGAUGAAGAGUCAAAAGACAGAUCAAAACUCGAUUUCGGCUCAAAAUCCAUGAACGAUUACUUACUCGGGUCUCGUAAGAUGAAAGCAUUUCCUGUUGCGAUGUCUCUCGUUGCAAGUUACAUCAGCGGAGUCACUGUUCUCGGUACGCCAUCCGAAAUUUACAACUACGGAACGCAAUAUUGGUUAAUUAUCGUGCCAAUUUUGCUCAUGGGCAUCACAGUUUCGAUCGUUUUUCUGCCAGUUUUUAGUUCGUUAGGCGUCGGAUCGUCCUAUGAGUACUUGGAACUCCGAUUUGACAACAAGAUACGAACAAUAGCCUCUGUGAUGUUCGUCUUAGACGAGAUACUUUUUCUGCCAAUUGUUAUCUACGUGCCAAGUUUAGCCUUCAACCAAGUAACGGGCAUCAACUUAUACCUCGUUGGUUUCAUGGUCUGCGUAAUUUGCCUUUUUUACACAAUUUUGGGAGGAUUACGAGCUGUUGUCUUUACCGACGCUUGGCAAAUCAUGGUAAUGUUCAUAUCAAUCGUUUGCAUAUCAGCUUUAGGCACUUAUUACAUGGGAGGCAUUGGAGAAGUCUUCAGAAUUGCAAUGGAAGGCGGUAGAAUUCAACUUUUUGAAUUCGAUCCUUCAUUAUACAAACGCCAAACUUUCUACGGAGUAGUUUUCGGGGGAUAUCUCUAUUGGACAGCGUUCAAUGCUGUAAAUCAGACAAUGGUACAACGUUACAUGUCGCUACCGAAUUUGAAAACUGCCAGAACAGCAACGAUGAUUUACACGAUCGGGAUAAGUUUAUUCGUCUCCGUUUGCUGUUAUUGUGGUCUUUUGGUGUACGCAGCAUAUGCACAUUGUGAUCCCAUGACUGCAGGCCUCAUCAAAGCUGACGAUCAAUUACUUCCCGUGUACGUGAUGCAAACUGUAGGACAUCUUCAUGGCAUUCCCGGAUUAUUUAUCGCGGGAGUUUUUGGUGCUGCGCUUUCAUCGCUUUCUGUCGUCUUGAAUUCAACCUCAGCUGUUUUGUACGAAGACAUUUUAAAGGGAGUUUUUAAAAUAAAUCCUUCCGAACGAAAUGCGGCGAUUUUUGUCAAAGGAAGUAUCCUCGUUUUGGGCGCUUUGGCGAUGGGAUGUCUCUUUAUCGUCGAAAAACUCGGCGGAAUUUUGGGAGUUGCGACUUCGUUAUCAGCUAUUGCCGCCGGAACUACCUUUGGAGUCUUCUUUCUCGGCAUGCUCGUGCCAUGGGCGAACGAAAAAGGCGCUUUUGUCGGUGCAAUUUGCGGCGCUUUCAUGUCCGGAUGGGUUUCAAUUGGAUCACAAGCGAUGGCAGCUGCGGGAAAAUUAGUUUCGCAAAAACUCGAGGUCAUGGUAGAUCAAUGCCCCAUCGAAUUAGGAAAUGUAACGGCAACUCUUCCUCCCGAAAUUGACGAAAGUGAAGUUUUUGCACUUUAUCGGUUGUCAUUUCAUUGGAUAAAUCCCAUUGGAGUGUUCACCGUUGUCAUUAUAGGAACGUUAGUUUCGUAUUUCACGGGAGGCAGAGACCUAAAAACGAUCGAUCCGGAACUCAUCUCGCCAAUUAUCCACAGAUUCCUUCCCAAAGAGUGCUUUACCAACUUUGGACAAUCCGUAAAAGCGAAAAAAUCCUAUGGAAGUUGCUCCGAACCGCUUCAUGACAUCAAUAUCGCGUGCAUCACGAGCAACAAUUCACAAACUUGCCUUCCGCAUCAUCAAAAAGUCGAGAGAACCGACAGCGAAUGUCAAAUUGUGGGCGAGAGAUGAUCCGGGUUUUUAAUUUUUUUAGGUUUUUAGUCAAUUCUUAAACGAAAAAUAACAAAGAUCUUACUGUGAUAUUUUUAACCCUGAUCGUCGAGACCUCAAGUUCAAUCUUUUUAUAAGGAAAUUUUGUACGGAGAUAAUUUUAAAUAAAAAAUAGUACUUCA